CACCAGAUCUUAGCAAUUGUAUAAAUUAUUCAACCAAUGAAUAACACAGAAGAGGUUUUGACAGUAAUAUUGAAAUUAACGAUCCAAUUACUAUUUCGACCGGGGGUUUCAUCGCCGACGUCGAUUUCUCUCCGGCGCAGGUCAUUAGAUCUUGGCGAAUCAGAUUCGGAGAAACCCAUCAUCGAUCUCCAACUCCUCGUUUUUCAAAAUCAUGAAGAUUCUUAUUAUCCUCGUAGUAAUGCUUCUCUGCUACUCGUUUGCUUCCUCUUCUGGAGAUACGACGACUAUUCACACCAACAAUUGGGCUGUCUUGGUCUGCACCUCUCGAUUCUGGUUUAACUACAGGCACAUGGCCAAUACACUGUCCCUGUAUAGGACAGUCAAGAGACUUGGGAUACCUGAUGAAAGGAUCAUCCUAAUGCUGGCUGAUGAUAUGGCCUGUAACUCUAGGAAUCAAUAUCCUGCUCAAGUUUUCAACAAUGAGAACCAUCAAAUCAACCUCUACGGAGAUAACGUUGAGGUAGAUUAUCGUGGUUAUGAGGUAACGGUUGAAAAUUUCUUGCGGGUUUUGACUGGGCGUCACGAGAAUGCUGUCCCAAGGUCAAAGCGUCUCCUCAGUGAUGAGGGUAGCCAUAUCCUACUCUACAUGACUGGCCAUGGAGGUGACGAGUUUCUAAAGUUUCAAGAUGCUGAAGAGCUCCAGAGCCACGAUUUAGCAGAUGCUGUCAAACAAAUGAAAGAGAAGCGCAGAUUCAAGGAGCUGUUGAUAAUGGUUGAUACUUGCCAAGCUGCCACUCUCUUUAACCAGCUUCAAUCUCCUGGCGUUUUGGCUAUUGGUAGCAGUCUUAAAGGAGAGAAUUCAUAUUCCCAUCACCUGGACUCAGAUAUUGGUGUAUCUGUUGUAGAUCGGUUUACAUAUUACACUCUUGCGUUCUUUGAGAGGCUCAAUAUCUAUGACAAUGCAUCACUUAACAGUUUGUUUAAGUCCUAUGAUCCGAGACAGCUUAUGUCUACCGCCUACUACCGGACUGAUCUUUACCAGCCAGAUCUGGCGGAGGUACCGGUUACAAAUUUCUUCGGUUCAGUUAUGGAGACCAUUCACACUGAUUCACCUUACAAAGCCUUCUCAAGUAGAAUCUCCAAUAGCAAGGUGAACUCCGACACGCCACUCAACGAGCCUUCCCAGCACGGUUUCAAAGAAGAUGUUCAGAAUGCAAACAACCAAAACGAUGAGUUGAAAACUGAGAAGCAAAAGUGCCCAUAUACACAAAUGCGGGCAGACUUCCACGAGAAACUGGUGAAGCUUGAAAAUGUGGAUACAUUGGUUAACCUCAGCAUAGCAGUGAUGGUUCUCGUAGUAAUAGUGUCAUCAUCUUUGUUACGAUGAUGUCUCUAUGAGCAGCUCUCAGUAUAGGAUGAUGAUCAUCAUAAUCUCCAUUCAUUUAAUCUCUGUUGUAUGAUGGUUCACUAUUGCAGCUUCACAUCUAUGCAUUGCUUAUUUCACUAUGAUGUCACAUCACAGUAACUUUUUUUUGUUGUCCACUCUUAAUCCAAAGGUUUACUACAAAUUAGCCA